AUGACUCUAGGUCUGCUAUCCUCCGCCCUGCGGCGGUCACCUUCACAACUCUACAGCGGCAUCCGCCAUUUCACCUCCUCAACCACCAGAGAAGCAUCAUGGGGCUUCAUUGGGUUGGGUGCCAUGGGUUAUCCCAUGGCAAAGAACCUACGAGCAAAGAUCCCUGAGGGCGAUACCAUGACCAUCUUCGACAUCAACACGACCUCGCUCGACAAAUUCGCGCAGGAAGCAACACCGAGUGGGGUUGUUGUCGCGAAAAGCCCGCGGGAGGUUGUGGAAAAUGCAGACCACAUUAUCUCUGCUCUUCCCGAACCCCGUCAUGUCAAAGGCGUUUACGAGGACGUUCUUGCCUCUUCAUUGCCCAAAGCACCUAGCCAGAGCUCGCGUCUUUUCGUUGAUUGCUCGACCAUCGACCCUUCAACUUCGCGGGAGGUUGCGAAACUGGUGAAAGAGAAGGCAGGAGCCAAGUUUGUUGAUGCGCCCAUGUCUGGCGGUGUGGUUGGUGCUCGUGCCGGGACUCUGACCUUCAUGGUCGGCGCAGAAGAAGAAGACGUGCCCCAGAUUCGGGAAAUACUUCUCUUGAUGGGAAAGAAGGUCUGGCAUAUGGGACCUCAGGGGACCGGUCUUAGUGGCAAGUUGGCCAACAACUACGCAUUGGCAAUCAACAACAUUGCGGCGGCCGAAGCAAUGAACUUGGGCAUAAGAUGGGGGAUACAUGGGAAGGCAUUGGCCGAUCUUAUCAAUUCUGCCACCGGUAGGAGCUGGCCCAGUGAGGUUAACAACCCUGUUCCUGGGGUCGUUGAAACAGCACCGGCAAGCAGAGAUUACGAAGGUGGAUUUGGCAUCAGUCUGAUGAACAAAGACCUCCGGCUUGCCAUAACAGCGGCCCAGGAAGCUGGAGCCACUCUUGCACUGGCACAGAAGGCGAAAGAGGUGUAUGACGAGACGGAAAAGGCUCACAAAGGGAAGGACUUUUCCGUGGUCUAUAGAUGGCUAGGCGGUAAGGAAUAG